UGACGACGUCCAAUGAGAACGUGGCAAGUCAGACAAGUUGCAGUCGGAGGAGGCGGCGCUGCCUGUGAUUUCAACCAUUAGUUUAAACGAAACCGACACUUUGAAGGAUUUUCUGGGAUUUUUAGUCCAGAUUGCAGGACGCUUGAUGAUAUUUAUCACAUAACUAAAUUGGCGUCAUUAACGCAGACUUGCGUCAUUCCGUGGAAGAUGAAGAAAGUCGCUCUGCUGCUCGUAGUCCUGUUCGCGGCUGCACAUUUUACAACCUUCAUCAAAUGUGAUGAUAAAGAUGACUCUGAGGACAAGGAGGUGGAGGAGCUGGAUGAGGACAGUGACGAUGAGGAAGAUGAAGAUGACACAGAGGUGAAGGAGGAGAAUGACGUGGUCGUUCUCACAGACAACAACUUCGAGACCUUUAUGGAGGGGAAGGACACAGUUCUGGUGGAGUUUUAUGCUCCUUGGUGCGGUCAUUGCAAACAGUUUGCUCCAGAGUAUGAAAAAAUCGCAAAGACUCUUAAGGAGAAUGACCCUCCGAUCCCUGUGGCCAAAGUGGACAUAACGGUGGCCAGCGAGCUGGCAAGCAGGUUUGACGUGUCGGGAUAUCCCACCAUCAAGAUCUUGAAGAAGGGAGAGCCUCUGGAUUAUGACGGAAAACGGACAGAGAAGGACAUUGUUGCUCGGGUGAAGGAAGUCUCUCAGCCCGAUUGGACGCCGCCUCCAGAGGCCACACUGGUUCUGACCAAAGACAACUUUGAUGAGACUGUUGAUAAUGCUGACAUCAUCCUGGUGGAGUUCUACGCACCAUGGUGUGGACACUGUAAGCGUUUGGCUCCAGAGUACGAGAAGGCGGCUAAAGAGUUGAGCCAGCGUUCUCCGCCCAUCCCCCUGGCCAAAGUGGAUGCCACCGUUGAGAGUGAUAUCGCCUCACGGUUCGGGGUGACAGGAUAUCCAACACUUAAAAUCUUCAGGAAGGGCAAAGUUUUUGACUACAACGGACCCAGAGAGAAGUAUGGUAUUGUGGACUACAUGGGUGAGCAGGCUGGUCCUCCCUCCAAACAGGUCCAGACAGUCAAACAGGUGCAGGAGCUCAUCAAGGACGGCGAUGAUGCUGUUAUAGUGGGCGUGUUCUCUGACGAGCAGGAUGCAGCCUUUGACCUCUACAUCGAGGCCUGUAACGUGCUGAGGGAAGACUUCACGUUCCGCCACUCCUUCAGUGCCGAAGUGUCCAAACUGCUCAAAGUGUCUCCCGGUCAGAUUGUCAUCGUCCAACCAGAAAAGUUCCGCUCAAAUUAUGAACCAGUGUCACAUGUGCUCUCAGUGAAGGACUCGACAUCGGUGUCAGAGGUUCAGGAGUUCUUCAGAAAGCACACGCUUCCUCUAGUGGGUCACAGGAAGCCAAGCAACGACGCCAAACGCUACGCCCAAAGACCGCUGGUGGUCGUCUACUACGGAGUCGACUUCAGCUUUGACUACAAGACAGCUACGCAGUUCUGGAGGUCCAAAGUGCUCGAAGUGGCCAAAGAUUUCCCAGAGUACACCUUCGCCAUCGCUGAUGAGGAGGAUUACUCUGACGAGUUGAAGAGCCUUGGACUGAGCGAGAGCGGAGAGGAAGUCAACGUGGGUAUUCUGUCAGAUGGCGGGAAAAAGUUUGCCAUGGAGCCCGACGACUUUGAUGCCGAGGUUCUGCGAGACUUUGUUCUUGCCUUUAAGAAAGGGAAGCUCAGCCCCAUCAUAAAGUCUCAGCCAACACCAAAGAACAACAAAGGUCCGGUGAAGGUGGUGGUAGGGAAAACAUUUGAGGAGAUCGUCAUGGAUCCUCAGAAGGAUGUCCUGAUUGAGUUUUAUGCGCCGUGGUGCGGUCACUGUAAGAAACUGGAGCCAGACUAUCUGGCUCUGGGCAAGAAGUACAAGGCAGAGAAGAACCUGGUGAUUGCCAAGAUGGACUCCACUGCCAAUGACAUUCCCAAUGACAGCUACAAAGUGGAAGGUUUCCCCACGAUAUACUUCGCCCCGAGCAACAACAAGCAGAAGCCCAUCAAACUGGAGGAUGGAGACAGAACGUUGGAGAGACUCAGCAAGUUUGUAGAAGAACACGCCACCAAGCUGUCACAGCGACGAGACGAGCUCUGAGAGCGCGGCGAGCACUGAAGGACUCUAAAGGUUAGGGCGGAGAGUCUCGUAGGGCACUGAGUGGGGGCGGAGUCUAAACAGUGUUACUGAGUUGCUGUGAAGAUUCUGAUGUUCUGUUGUGUAGCAUGUUAACACUGAAUAUUUCAGUCCUUUUUAAAUAAAAAGUGGUCUGUUUUUUUGGGCUUUUUCAGCC